CUUCCCCGCCCCCUCCCUUCCCCCGUCCUUCCCCGCCCGCCGUUUUUUCCUCCGGCCCGACGGACAGGAUGUGGGGCUCGUCGCUCCCCUCCGGCCUGGUCCUGCCCCUGCUAUUGGUGACGGGCUCCCUCCUCCCGGGGCCCGGCGCCGCUCAGAACGCUGGGUUUGUCAAGUCGCCCAUGUCAGAAACUAAACUCACGGGGGACGCAUUUGAGCUGUACUGUGACGUGGUUGGGAGCCCCACUCCAGAGAUCCAGUGGUGGUACGCCGAAGUCAACCGGGCAGAGUCUUUCAAACAGCUGUGGGAUGGUGCUCGGAAGCGCCGUGUCACCAUUAACACCGCCUACGGGGCAAACGGCGUGAGUGUGCUGAGAGUUACCCGCCUCAACUUGGAGGACUCUGGGACUUACGAGUGCAGGGCCAGCAACGACCCCAGGAGGAAUGACUUGAGGCAAAAUCCCUCCAUAACAUGGAUUCGAGCCCAGGCUACCAUAAGCGUCCUUCAGAAGCCGAAGAUCCUCACCAGUGAGGAGAUCACCAUUCACACCCCCAGUUCCCCCAUCACUCUGCAGUGUAACCUCACCGCCAGUGUCCACAUCCUCCUACAGAGCUACUGGACAAAGAACGGGGAGGAACUGUCUGCCACAAAGAAGAAUGUCAGCAAUACCGAACACAGGAUUCCAAAACCCCGAGCUGAGGAUUCGGGGGAAUACCACUGUGUGUACCAGUUCCAAAAUGCUCCCAAUGCAAACGCCACCAUUGAAGUGAAAGCGUCUCCUGACAUCACUGGCCACAAACGGAGCGAGAACAAGAAUGAAGGGCAGGAAGCUCUCAUGUACUGCAAGUCGGUUGGCUACCCACACCCAGACUGGGUAUGGCGUAAGAAAGAGAAUGGAGUGUUUAUGGAGAUCACGAACACCUCCGGCCGCUUCUUCAUCACCAACAAGGACAACUACACGGAGUUGAGUAUCACCAACCUCAGGAUCACAGAGGACCCGGGCGAGUAUGAAUGCAAUGCCACCAACGCCAUCGGCUCCGCCUCCAUCACCACCAUCUUGCGGGUGCGCAGCCACCUGGCCCCUCUCUGGCCCUUCCUGGGGAUCCUGGCCGAGAUCAUCAUUCUGGUGGUGAUCAUCGUGGUUUACGAGAAGAGGAAGAGGCCCGAUGAGGUGCCAGACGAUGAUGAACCAGCUGGGCCAAUGAAAACCAACUCCACCAACAAUCACAAAGAUAAAAACUUGCGCCAGAGAAACACAAAUUAAAAGCACUGCUUAUAAUAGCUUUAGGUUCCUGAAACUGGUGGCAUCAUGACCUGCUAGAAUUUAUGGCUGGGAUUCUUUGGUCCUCGAACUCCAGUUAGUCUUUCCCCCCGACCCACCCCCACUGACCUCCCUUUUCCAAGUGAGCAACAAAACAAUACAAUUGACUGUCUAAAGCAUGCCUUAUUUAGCCUCUCCUGUAUGGAUGACUUAGCCAGAUACAUUUUAGACAAUGCUUCAGUGUAGAAGGUGUAAACUAUUUUGGGCUUGAUGUGCUGUGAAUGUUGCCUUUUUAAUUUCCUUGGUUAAAAUAUAUUUAAAUAGAAGUAUCAGGUCUGGUAAGAGUAAUCAUGCAUGCGCCAUUUUUUACUAAAUGCAGCUGUUAAAUUGGCAAAGCUCUAAAAUGCACUGCUGCCAUCUAGUGACACAUUUUUGUAAAGUACAGCAAAACCUAAAAAUAUAUACAGUAUAUAUAUAUAUAUAUUUAUAUUUUUGGGGGAGGGAGAAACCAAACUACAGUAAAUGCUUGUUUCAUUUUUAAGCUGCUGAUAUUCAUUCCGUAUUGUACAUCAUAAGAUUGAGAGAGAAUUAUGCUGUUCUGGCACUUAGAAGAAUAAUAUAAACUGAAAUUUAUAAUCUUAAGGGCUUAACCUAAGACUUUAAUAAGACGCUGGAACAGUCCAUUGAAUGGUGACGAAAUGCAGUAAAUACUUCAAUAUAUAUAUAUAUGUGUAUGAUUGCUUAAGUGAUUUCUUGUGUUAAAUCAUGUAAAUUCUCUAAUCUUUUUGCACUGAUGUGUUCUACCAUAUUCUUGUACAUUCAAUUCAGGCAAACUUUUAUAAUUUACUGUUUGUUUCCAACAAUCUUGAAAAUGUUACAUAGCAUGGUACUAUUCUAUGCAACUAGUUACACUUUUUCAGUUUGACACUGUAGUUUCUCACAUUGAUUUAAACAUUGAUUGUAGAAUUACAAACCUAACAACAGGGUUCUCAUGCGGUACAUAACUGAAGGUGCAUGAACUUGUGUUUCUGUGUAUUUGUUGAAGUGCAAUGAUGUAUAAAAGUGAAUUCACCUGUUUUUAAAAAUAAAACACUGACCAGAAA